AUUGGCCGGACGGCCUGUAACUCAAUCCAUCUUUCUUGCGGCGGAAAGGGCGGGCCAAAGCAGUACGGAGGCUCAUCAUGGCGGGAUGCAUGAAAAUGACAAACGGCUUCACCUCUCUGAAUGCUAAAUUAAGGCUUUCAAUAGUGCUUCUUUUCUGUUUACCACACACGUCCGGUUUACAGGAACCAGGUAACAACCACCGUGUAACUGAUCUUCAGGAUGGAAAGGAGUACGUCAUGUCAGGGUCCAACAGAUUCUGUUACAAAAAUUCUGUGUGUCCAACUUGGAGGCAUACAUGGACAAGAAUUCAGGUCCAAGUGUGGAGUUCAAACGUGUUUAAGGUGGAAACUGUGGCGGGUGAGGAGGAGCUCCAGGACCUGGAUCGCUUCAGUAUCUGGGGCUGGUUUCAGAGCCUUUUACGAGAGCGGCACAAUGAAACCACUAUUAACAUCAAUCUGUUCAGCAAGGAGAUGUGCUUCAAGGUCGAUCCUGCUCACCAAACCAAGUACACUGUCAAGCCCCUUCGUAAAUUUGAUAUCUAUCUGUUUUUGGUUUUCCUCGCCGGAGCGUCUUUGUUUGUCUUUGCAGGACCACUCAGCAGGAGUCAACUUUUCUUCUACUCUGCUGGUGUGAGCACUGGCAUGAUUGCCUCACUCAUUAUCCUCUUUUUCAUUUUGGCACGGUUUUUGCCAAAGAAAAGUCCUUUUUACGUCCUUAUUGUUGGCGGCUGGUCGUUCUCUGUGUACGCCAUCCAGCUUGUCUUCAGGAACCUCGGCGUAAUUCUGCAAAAUCACUGGAACAUGGCGUUAGGUUAUGUUGCAGUGGUGGGAUUCAUCACCUUUGCUGUGUGUUACCGUUACGGUCCGCUGGUGGAUGCAAAGAGCAUUAACAUCUUGUCAUGGACGCUGCAGCUCUUGGGCCUACUCCUGAUUUAUCUAGGAAUUCAAAUUCAGCAAGUUGCAUUUUCCAUCAUUGUGGCAGCUGUGUUCUCGAAACAUCUGGAGUACCCGGUGUCUCUGACGCUUUCUGCAUUCAGGAAAAUCAAACGGUAUGUUCGCUGGAAGCCAGAGCCACGUCGGCUUUUGAGUGACGAAGAGUAUCAAAAGCAGGGGGAGGAAGAAACUUUACGAGCUCUAGAGGAGCUGAGGAAGCACUGCAACAGCCCAGAGUUCAGCCCGUGGAAGGCCGUGUCCAGGCUUCAGUCCCCGAAAAGGUUUGCUGAUUUCAUUGAAGGGUCUCUUCACUUGAUGUCAAAUGAAGUGUCCGUUCACGUACAGGAGUACGGCUUUGGAGGAUCUUUUUUUGAGGACGAAUUUUUCGACACUGAUGACGACGACGACGACGAGGAACAAGUCGACAUAAAGCCCAUGAUGAUCCCAGAGUGAGACCACUGUGUUAAAAGACGUUCCGCAAACAGCGACAAUGCUAUUAUUGCCUUUCACAGAGGGGUGGGGGGGCUGCUCCAGGUGUCCUGACAGAUUACUGUGCAAACUGGAUUAACAAAAGUGUCAAUUUUGAUCUUUGUCUGGACUUCGAGUCCAGGCUCAGAGCGGAAACAACAGGCAAAACGGCGCGUGGUCAGAUCUGUCAGUAUAAAUAAUAGUAGUAGCAGCUUCAAAGAAUUUGCACUAAAGCCAAGUCUCUGUAUUUAUUUUCAGGGAACAAUGACCUUUGUUUAAAUGGUUUACAGAAAUGGAGACACAGAAAUGAACCUUUUACUGUGUGAUGUUUAGUUUUUGUCUUCAGCUUAGAGAAGGUUUUAAAGUUUUAGUUUUUGAAGCGUGUGUUGAACGCAGAGAGAUUGAUGUAAGGCGUUUUAACGUAACCAAGGGAUACGUUCUCCCCGGUUUGAACUGCAGCAUGAGAGUGUUGUGGUUAAUAUCUUUCUGCUCAGGGAGAAAAUGUUUGUUCGAGUUGGUAUUUAAUUGUUUUCAUUUUAAUGGACAUAAAUCAGAAGAAUUCACCUCAAGUAUUUUGAAUAAAAAUAUACUUAUGCAUGAAUUGGCAUUCUAUUAAUACGAUUAUUGGAAAUAAAAGGUAAGAUGUUAAUAACAUGAUUUCUUUGGUUAAAUCCAAAAGCUCAUCCUAUACUGUAUAAGUAUAUUUAUGCUACUUUGUACUUACUCUACUGUUACAUUUCAGAGCAAUACUAUUUACUGCAUUUAUUCGACAGCUAAAGUUUCUUUGAAUCGGGAUUUACAUAUUACAGGAUUAAAAAAAUAGAAUAUAAUGGGAUUACUCAAGAGUCAAAAAGUAGCUUUGAUCAGCAACAUAAUAAAAUGCUACGCACAUCACGCAUCUACUUUAUAAUAAUCCACACGGGUGUUAAAUAACUAAGUGCAUUUUGCAUUUAAGCACAUCUGUAUACUAUGUCUUCUACUGCAAUGUUUAUCAAUUUAUACUAUUUGGAGUCUUCCUAUCUGCCAUUACUGCUGCGAGAGAAUAAUUCCACCAUCUGUGUCUCCAAAAGAUUUGAACGGCCCAAAAUGAUGUUUAAAGAGCAAAAGAAAUGGAUAUUGGAACAAC